AUGUCGAGCAAGGGCGCUCCCCAAAAGCAAAUUCCUUUUGAUGAACUCGAAAUUGUGCACGUGCAAAGCCAGGACACUGAAGCCCGGCCACGGAAGGCAGGACCCUGGGAGAAGAGGGCUGCGAGGGUUGCCAUUGAGUCCCGGUCUGACUUAUUGCCUCGCGGUUAUGUGGGAGGAUGUGUUCUCACCCACCGCCCAGCGCUCUCCCAAUGUUUUGCAAUUUGCAGGUGUUUCAUUUUAUUUCGACCAGCUGUAGACAUUUCCCAAAAAAAAAACAGCAAACCAAAUAUCCUUGAUUAA